AUGGAUCCUCAGGAUGAUCGAGAUGCUCGCACCGAGCUCUUACAGAGCCUCGCAUCAUGUUACGAAGACUACAAAGACUUCAAUCCGCGAAAGGUCGAAGGCACAUGCGAAUGGUUCUUCGAUGACGACACAUUCCGAACAUGGCGCGAAUCGAAUACUUCCGCUUUGCUAUGGGUCUCAGCCGGUCCUGGCUGUGGGAAGUCAGUGCUAUCACGGGCCAUGAUCGACGAAUCUUGGCGACUAUCUUCAGGUCACAUCACGGCAAUAAUUUGCUACUUCUUUUUCAAGGAUGGAAACGAGGACCAAAUGACCAGCACAGGAGCUCUCAGGGCUAUACUUCAUCAGCUCCUCGCUCAGGACACAACCAAUGAGCUGAUGAAGAUUGCGUUGCGUCAUUUCAGAACCCAUGGCAAGAACCUGAUGCUCAACUUUUCUGCGCUAUGGAACGUCCUCAUUGAGUGCGCCCGCUCUUGUCACCUGGUGUGCGUUCUGGACGCUCUUGAUGAAUGCGAGACAGAAAGCCGUCGCAAACUCAUUGACAAACUUCUGAACCACUUUCAGUCGCUGGCACGUGGCUCAAACCCUUCUCACUGGAUCAAAUUCCUCAUCACCAGCCGACCUUAUGAUAAUUUGGAGGCAUCAUUCAGAAGACUCACUUCGGUAGCAUCAUAUCUUCGCCUCGAUGGCGAUGACAAGCACACUCAUAUCUCGGCCGACAUCGACCGUGUUAUCGACGCCAGACUUGAAGACAUUACCAAUGGAUUCAAGAAGGAACACCGAGACGCAAUCUCCCAUCGCCUAAAGAGUGCAGAGAAUCGCACAUAUCUCUGGCUGUACCUCACGUUCGACAUCAUUCAACGGAGCCCUUCUGAGUACGGACGGCUGGGUGACAUAGAGGGCCUAUUAUCUACAAUACCCUCUCAAGUCUCGGAUGCCUACGAGUGCAUCUUGCAACGAAGCAAAGACCGGGAGCGGGCAACGAUACUCCUACAAAUUGUACUUGCUGCUAUGCGACCAUUGACCCUGGACGAGGCAAACAUUGCAUUGACGUCAGCCCUGACGAACUGCCCUUAUCGAGCCCAUACGGAUCUUUGCGACGCUCUGUGGCCAAGAGACACCUUCAAAGUCGUGGUUCGGAACGUGUGUGGCCUUUUCGUGAGCGUUUACGACUCUAAGCUGUUCUUCAUACAUCAGACUGCAAGGGAGUUUCUUAUCAGUUUCAAUCAUCAGGGCCAGUGGGGUGGACGUCUCAAAUUGCCAGAGGCGCACAACACAAUGUUGCAGGUUUGUCAGGCUUAUUUGAACCUCGAAGACCUCAGACAGCAGUCCGAUAAUGUUGCCCGCUACAAUACUAAAGCCCACCUUAAUGACGAAUUUCCAUUUCGACCCUACGCUGCUCGCAAUUGGCUUACGCAUUGUCAGUCAGCCGACGACUGCAUCACAGACCAAGCUGCAAGGGGUGUGGUCAGGCUCUUUGAACUCGACAGAGAGAGCGUAUUCUGGGAAAACCGUUACUAUUCAUCCUGGCAUCCCUAUCCUGGACCUCCCCCAUGGUGGGAUUUGGGCGUGCACUCAAAAGACUGCAAUGGCGUUAUUCUGGCAAGUUUCCUUGGUCUUGGGUCGAUUGUUGAAUACAUGUUGGCCAAAGAGAACAUCAAUGUCAACGAACUGGUCGAACCGGGACACUGUUCUGCACUCUACGUUGCAUCAGUGCGGGAGCACAUAGACGUCGUGCGAAUCCUGCUUGAGCACGGCGCUGAAGUUGAUAUGGUCUGUGGCGAGGAUCGCAUUUCGGCACUCUCCGCCGCAUCAAUGGAGUGGGAUCAAGACAUCAUGAGAAUUCUGCUUGAACAUGGCGCUCAUGUUGAUCUGGCCUGUGGUGAGAAUGGCAAUUCAGCACUCCUGUCCGCCUUCCAGAAAUGGGCGAGCGAUUGCUCUUCCGAUAUUAUUCCGGCUCAUGCUGAGGUUGAGGUUGAGGUUAAGGUUAUGGAAUUGCUGCUCAAACACCAUGCUGAUGUGAACUUCAAAAACAAGCAUGGUCAGUCGGCCCUGCAUUUCGCCGCAGCCGGCUCGAGAUACGAAGCUGCCCGGCUAUUACUUAGAAAUGGCGCCGAUAUCGAUGUUCAAGACAAGAACCUCGACACAGCCCUGCACGUCGCCGCAAGGACGUCAGCCUGUAACGUCGUGCAGCUAUUACUCGACAGUGGUGCCAACAGCGAUAUUCGAAACUCGCAGCUUGAGACACCCCUCCAGCUUGCCCUUGGGGCGGGUAACAACUGGACCUACCAAAUGGAACGAUGUGUUCUAUGCAAGGAUCUUUUCGAGGGCGACGAUGUCGAACCAUGGGAGGAGCUUGUGGCAACGCCAUUGCAUCAAGCUUCUAAAUCCACCUCCACGGAUAGGAUGAUUGAACGGACACGCAACAGUGAAAUGGCUCAGAUACUGAUCAAAAAGGGGGCCAAUGUUUUCAUUCCAGAACCUUACUACGGUACAACAUUGCAAGCAGCCAUAGCCGGAAAUGUCGACACACCAACCAUUCAGCUUCUACUUGAUAAAGGAGUCUCAAUAGAUCAUCUGGGUGAAGGAUUCGGCACAGCAUUGCGGGCCGCCUCACGUCUGGAAAGGAUCGACGUUGUCGAUCUAUUACUCGACAACGGCGCAGACAUCAAUCUACUAGGUGGCCGCUAUGGCACAGCGUUGUGCGCUGCUUCGUACACCGGGAGCGUUGAGACUGUAAACGCGCUACUUAAGAGGGGCGCUGAGAUCAAUCCCCAGGGUUCACUUUCAGAGUCAGCAUUGCAGGUCGCCUCACGUCUUGGAAAUGUCGAGGUUGUCCAACUCCUUCUCGACAAGGGCGUAAACGUCAACCUUCAGGGCGGCCCUCAUGGCACAGCGCUAGGCGCUGCCUCAUUCACUGGGAGCAUUGAGAUUGUUAAAGCGCUGCUUAAGCGGGGCGCUGAGAUCAACCCUCAAGGUCCGAAUUCAGGGGCAGCCUUAAGGGCCGCGGCGGAGAGUGGAAAUGUUGAGGUUGUCAAGAUAUUACUUGAGCGAGGCGCUGAUGUCAAUCUCGAAGACCAGCCUCCUGGGACCGCGUUGCAGGCGGCGACAAGGAUUGGACAUGUUGAGGUCGUCAGGGUCCUUCUGGAGCACGGAGCUCAUGUCAAUACACAGGCUGGGCGAUAUGGCACAACUUUGCAGGCUGUCAAAGACAGCAGAAACCCCGAGAUCAUAAGGAUGUUGUUCAUAAAUGGGGUUGAUACCCUCUUACAAGGUCCUGCCGGGGAGGCGAUACGAGCAGCCAUUUUGAAAGACUUGGACAAGUUGCCCAGAUAUUACAAACUGCUCGGCUUCGUAGAAUUUAGGGGACUGUCUGCACCAGUCGGAAAUUCUGUUUCGGAGUGGGGAAGUAAGGAGUUCUGA